GAUCAGUCUGUGUGUGUAUUUAGUAUAACUAGCCAUGAUGACAGAUUCACCUCUGAGGCCUAUGGCACACGUCUCGUAUUAACACCAGAAAUACCCAUAGAAGACCAUGCCUCGACCCUAAACAAUUGAACAGUAUUACACAGUGCGGGGCAGGGACGUCGCGAGAGGCGGUAUUGGAAAGGGGGAGGAGCGAGAGGAAGAAGGGAUCGGAGGGAAGAUUAAUAGACGGAACAUUGAUGCCAUGUCUGUAUCGGCUUCUUGGCCGUGGCUGCCAAGGCUCUUCGUUCUCUUGUUGGUUGCGCUGAUUUGUGGGACUGAGGCCCUAAAAUGUCAUUGCGAGCACUGUGCGAAAGAAAACUAUACCUGCAUAACCGAUGGACUGUGCUUAGUUUCUAUCUCAGUUGAAGAUGGCAAAGAAACCCACAACAGCAUGUGCUAUGCUAACACGGAACUUGUACCUCGAGACAGACCUUUUGUGUGUGCACCUUCCACUAAUAUUGGAACAUACCAUGAUGUUCGUUGUUGUUAUACAGACUUCUGCAAUAAGAAACUACCAUCUCCAACUUUACCACCACUUAGGUCUACUGCAAACUUCGGGCCUGUGGAGUUGGCAGCUGUUAUAGCUGGUCCAGUUUGCCUUGUUUGCAUCCUACUGAUGUUGAUCCUUUAUAUUUGCCAUAACCGGACAGUCAUUCAUCAUAGAGUUCCUAAUGAUGAAGAUCCUUCAUUAGAUCGUCCUUUUAUAUCUGAAGGCACAACACUAAAAGAUCUUAUUUAUGAUAUGACAACUUCAGGAUCUGGCUCAGGUCUACCUUUACUUGUGCAAAGAACAAUUGCGAGAACAAUUGUUUUGCAAGAAAGCAUUGGAAAGGGUCGAUUUGGUGAAGUGUGGCGUGGAAAGUGGAGGGGAGAGGAAGUGGCAGUGAAAAUUUUUUCUUCAAGGGAAGAGCGUUCCUGGUUCCGUGAAGCAGAAAUAUAUCAGACAGUCAUGCUGCGCCAUGAAAACAUACUUGGUUUCAUUGCAGCAGACAACAAAGAUAAUGGCACAUGGACUCAGCUUUGGUUGGUUUCGGAUUACCAUGAACAUGGAUCACUGUUUGAUUACCUAAAUCGGUAUACAGUGAGUGUAGAAGGAAUGUUGAAGCUUUCUUUAUCCACUGCUAGUGGUUUAGCUCAUCUUCAUAUGGAGAUAGUUGGAACACAAGGUAAACCAGCAAUUGCCCACCGAGAUUUGAAGUCCAAAAAUAUAUUGGUUAAGAAAAAUGGAACUUGCUGUAUUGCUGACCUGGGCCUGGCUGUCAGGCAUGAUUCUGCUACAGAUACAAUAGAUAUUGCACCAAAUCACAGAGUUGGAACAAAAAGAUAUAUGGCACCAGAGGUUCUGGAUGACUCUAUUAAUAUGAAACAUUUUGAAUCAUUUAAGCGUGCUGAUAUCUAUGCGAUGGGCCUAGUUUUCUGGGAAAUAGCACGGCGAUGUUCCAUAGGUGGAAUUCAUGAAGAUUAUCAGUUACCUUAUUAUGACCUUGUACCUUCUGACCCAUCUGUUGAAGAAAUGAAAAAAGUGGUUUGCGAACAGAAAUUAAGACCAAACAUUCCAAACAGGUGGCAAAGCUGUGAAGCACUGCGUGUGAUGGCCAAAAUAAUGCGUGAAUGUUGGUAUGCCAAUGGAGCAGCACGGCUAACAGCUUUACGAAUCAAGAAAACUUUGUCACAACUAAGCCAACAGGAAGGCCUAAAAAUGUAACAAGCCUUUGAAUUGAAUCUCAUUAGUCCUUUAUUUGCCUGAUCCCAAGUUACACUGUUCUACCUCUCCAAGUGAACUGCCUUUCUGAAACAUCAUAGGAACCUCAAGGAUAAGUUCUAGGCCAUAUUGUGCAUAUAAUAUACAAAAUACUUUUGUAUUGGGAUCUUCCCAGGAUAUUUUGUAGAUUUUUAUUUUUUUUUUUCCCAAUAGGAAUUUUUGUUAAUAGAAUGCCGCCAAUGAAAAUAUUCUGCCCUUUUUUUUUUUUUUCUUUUUUUCUUAACCCUUUGUUACAGAUAGAAGUUUUAUUCGUUCCAUUUCUGAAAUUCUAAAUGUUUCUUGGUCAGUGCUGUCUAAUUAUACUUAAAGCCUUUGGAAAUACAUUUUGCAGGGCUUGGUGUAAAUAUACAUAUCUUACAAACAAAAAAAAAAAUCCUAUACCAGUUUUUGGAUAGAAGACACAUGCAGGUCUGUUUUAUAUACAGUAGCUACACUACAAGCCUUCAGAGUGAUUUGUUUUGCUGGAAAUUGCUACACAAUAUAUAUCUUUUUUAUUCCACUACUUAAAAUAUUAUGCAACAAUUUUUAUGUA